CGUCGUCGACAAAAUAACGAGAGAACAGCGAGCCGCGUCUUACGUUUCGCCGUGUCGUUCACGCGUGCCGUGUGCGUAUAGCCACGUAGCGAUUGACCGCGUAGCGUUUCCCUGAUUGCUGCGACGUCACAGAGGAAAGUCGAACGCGGCGAGUACGAGGCUCACACACAUACACACAUACACACACACACACACACACAUAUACACACACUAUAGAAGCAGCUUGGAAACAGCCGAAGGUCUCUCGAGAGGGAGGACACGUUUUCGCGAAUCGCAUAUAUCGCACAUUCGAGUCGCGCGACAGUCGCGAAGCACCGACCGACCGAGUGCUCUCUUUCUUGUUUUUACCGCUAGUGAGCCCCGUUCAGCCGAACAUGAAUGAGGAAUACGACGCAAUCGUGCUAGGCACCGGCCUCAAGGAAUGUAUCCUGUCGGGCAUGUUGUCGGUCAGCGGUAAACGGGUGCUGCACAUCGACCGCAACAAGUACUACGGUGGCGAGUCUGCCUCCAUCACGCCCCUCGAGGAUCUAUUCAGUAAGUUUAAAGCUCCAUCGCCAGAUGAAAGCUAUGGCCGUGGUCGAGAUUGGAACGUCGACUUGAUUCCUAAGUUCCUGAUGGCGAACGGUCUUCUUGUGAAGUUGCUCAUCCACACUGGUGUAACGCGUUAUUUAGAAUUCAAGUCAGUGGAAGGUUCAUACGUAUAUAAAUCAGGGAAGAUUUCCAAAGUACCAAUCGAUCAGCAGGAAGCCUUGUCCAGUGACUUGAUGGGCCUGUUUGAAAAGCGGCGCUUCCGUAGUUUCCUCAUGUGGGUGCAGAACAUGCAGGAAGAUGAUUCGAAAACGUGGGAUGGAUUUGAUCCAUUCAAUAAUAACAUGAGCGCGUUGUACAACAAAUUCAGUCUCGACAAGAACACGCAGGACUUCACCGGGCAUGCAUUAGCAUUAUAUAGGGAUGACGAUUACAUCAGUCAAACUGCGAUUAUCACUAUCAGGAGGAUCAAACUGUACAGCGACAGUUUAGCGCGAUACGGAAAGUCGCCGUAUCUUUAUCCGAUGUACGGUCUAGGCGAGCUUCCUCAAGGAUUCGCACGACUUAGCGCUAUUUAUGGUGGCACAUAUAUGUUAGACAAACCGAUUGAUGAGAUUGUCAUAAAGGAUAGCAAGGUGGUUGGUGUUCGUUCCGGUGAUGAAGUAGCUCAAUGCAAACAAGUCUUUUGUGACCCUACAUACGUACCUGAUCGUAUAAAAAAAGUUGGUCAGGUAAUAAGGUGCAUAUGCCUUAUGGAUCAUCCAAUACCGAAUACAGCCGAUGCGUUGUCUACGCAAAUCAUCAUUCCUCAAAAACAGGUCGGCCGCAAUUCUGACAUCUACGUAUCACUUGUGUCACAUACUCAUCAAGUUGCAGCGAAAGGCUGGUUUAUAGCCAUGGUCUCGACUACAGUGGAGACAAAAAAUCCUGAAGCCGAGAUUAAACCUGGUCUGGACCUAUUAGGCCCGAUAAGACAGAAGUUCGUCAGUAUCUCUGACUAUAUGGUGCCGGUCGACGACGGUCUCAAUAGUCAGAUAUUCAUUUCCACCAGUUACGAUGCGACUACACACUUCGAAACUACUUGCUUGGACGUGCUUGACAUAUUUAAGCGCGCCACCGGCGAAGAGUUCGACUUCAAUAAGGUUAAGCACGAGCUAGGUGACGAAGAUCAGUAACCGUAACUGGAUGCGCGCGUACAGUUUUGUCACAUAAGUCUCAGAGGAAAAUUGGAGAGGAAAAUGCGCCCUGCAAAUUUUCGCAUAUUCAGUAAGAAAUAUCGCUCGGUACGCAGCACGGAUACCGAUCAUGUCGAUAAUGACAGGGUCUCAAGGCAGAUACCAUGGAACAAGUCACGCUACGAGCAGACCUGUGCCUAAUUAUAAAUGUAGAUUCUCUUUAACAGAGAGUGUGAAAUAAUGGCAAAAGUAUGUCUAAAUUCUCCCUUUAUCACUUACUUUAGUCGAUCAAUUUCUCGUCCUGCUGCUGUUCCUGCGGAUCCUUCGACAGUCUUAUUCAGAAGCAUAGAGCUCCAAAUUUAAUAUGGAAAAACAAAUUCCCAAAUUCUUUCUACGACUUCGAUAGCAUCAGAUUACUAAGGUCAGAGAACCUCUUAUAAAUUUAUAUUUUGCACAUAUGUACAUUUGAUUUGCCGAUACACGUUCCAGUAAGAAUAAUAGAAAAAAAGAGAAAAGAAAAACAGACGAAAAUAAUUGAAACGUCCGUCACAUUAUAUGUAUACAAUGCAAAUGUAUCAUAUUUUAAUGUAUCAAAUUAUACAAGAAUAUAGAUAAAACUUCGAACAUUGGUAGAUUAAAUUGUAUAAAAAGGAAUCUACAGGUACACCGCAAUUAAGGACAGUCGGCGGACGAUCAAAUCAUCGUAUGCCAUAAUAUAAUCCAAUAAAUUGUUAAACUGAUAAUUGAUUCAUGACACAGACGAAACAAUGUGAGUAUCACAUUUAUCUAGAUUAGUACCGGUAACAUAUUUAGAUCGUAGAACAGAUAUUUCCGAAAAGUCCCAGCUGUGCUGUGAAUUAUGGAAAAAUUUAUAUCCUUUUUGUAUGGACGAACAUCGACUUUAAGUUCUUCAAGUUGCAUUUAUUAAAUUAUAUUAAAUACUGGUCGAUCGUGCAAUGAUAUAAUUUUAUGCAAAACAUGCGAGUGAAGGUAGAUAAAUUUCCGUUAUUGAUCGUAUACCAAAUUAAACAAAAAUUAACACCCAAAUAUGAAACACGCUUUUCGAUGUGCAUAUCGCGCAUAUAAUUGUAAUCAUCUCUUUUUCAUCUACUACACAUUCGCUCAUCCUUAUAUUGAGGAAACUUUUGUUUAGCAGAAAAAUUGUAUCAAUAGCAUAAUUAGAUAUUUCCAACGUGCGCGCAACAGAAGUAGAGGUAGUGAAGUCGCAUAUAUGCCUGAAGCAAGGUCAAUAGAGAAUGUUAAAAGAAAAAAAAAAGAGAAAGAAUCGAAGGUCGAAAUAUUGAAAUGAGGGCGAUCUCCGGAGCAGCCAAGCAUUACAUCGUGUAUGUGUGUGUGUGUGUGUGUGUGCGCGUGUGUGUGUGUGUGUGCACGCGCGCGCGCGUGCGCAUGUGCGUGUGUAUGUAUAUUGCAUAAUACACGCACGCGUGCAAACACAUUAUAUAAAUCCAUAUAAAUAUACAAAAAAAAAUAUAUGUAUAUGUAUAUACGUACACAUACACGCGUGCGCGCGCGCACACACGCAAUACACACACAAGAAAAAUGGAAUCGUUGAAGUAUUGUAUUUCAUAUGAGAUUUGGAUUAUUUCUUUGGCAUAAUGGAAGCGCGAACGUAUCUCGUAAUAUUAUAUUGUUACCUAAGAUAAAGGAGGAUGGAGAACAAGGGGGAUGGAGCAGAGGAAGGACGAAUAAGCGCGCAUUAAUUAUAUGUGCAAACCGAUCGACUAAUUAUUGUCGUGAUUUUUUUUCUUUUUACAUCGGUUAAAAACAGAUCAGCAAUUUUAUUUAGAUUUAUGUUUUACUUGCACUCUCGCAUGAGUACCACGACGGACGCACGCAAUUUCACACUACGUACGGAAAUUCAGUGAAAAAUGGGUACAUGCAUUUGUCAACUGCGAUGGAUAUCUUUUAUUGUUAUCCAUACUUGUAACAUGAGAGCCGAAUGAAAUAAACAAUAUUGUACUA